UGGGGUUUGAGAGGGUUUCCGAUAGAUAUAAUUUGCGAAGACUUCACGGCAGGCCUUCUGGUGGGUUUCAUCCACAGCAACAUCCAUCAACGCCAAGAUGGAGAUCUGACCAAUCAUGUUGCAUCUAUGGCAGGAGAAUUGAGUGCAGAGCAGAUCAUACGGAUGCGUGCAGGUUAGGGUUCCAUUCGAGCGGCUGUGCAGGAUCGGAUGAUCGGUGGAGUGGCGGCGAGCCAUCUCGGCGACGGUGGUGGACCGGCAGCAAUGAGCUGUGGCAGAAAGGUAAUUUUUCAGGUCAUGGGUUUUUUGAUAGACGCUACUAUGGUCAGCAGAAACAAGGUCGGAUUGCAGGCAAUUCAUUGGCUAAGUGCAGCCAUUGCGGCCAUUUUUCUGGUGCUUCAGUGGCUAAUUGCAGCGGGCUCAAGUCGUGGGGGUCCUCGUGGUCGCGAUUUCCAGAAAGCUCAGGGCAAACGGCAGCUUCAACUCGAGAGGAGGCAGAUAAAUGGCUCAGGGAACGUUCAGAUGGGUUUAAGGAACCAUUAACAGAGGGAGGUGGUACUAUAAGAAUUGAAAGCAAAUUUUUUGAAUUUCAGGUGCAGUCCUCACUUCUACGAAUUAGCCAAUAUAAGGAGAAACAAAAUUGCUCUAUUUCAUUAGACAGGGAUGGAGUCCGUUGGUUAUGCUAUGCCUUAUGCAAAAUUCAAUCUGAAACCUCCUGGACUUUCACUAGGUAUGAAAAAAAUUGUAAGCUUCUCUUAUCUUUUGAAGCGAAUUGCUUUGGCAGAUUCACUCGACUACAGGCUAUCGGCACACAAAGUAGAUCUACUCUUAUUAUCCCUGAUGGUUGGAGGGGCGAAGGAACUAAACAUUUCCAUUCUACUCUAUUAAGCCAUUUGGAAAUUUUGGAAAAUGCCAAUAAGGGGUCUUUAUUAUCCAAGAGUUUGGUGGAAUGUGUUGAUGUAUGUUCUGUUGAUACCGUGAAAUCUGUUUCGAAUAGUUUUGAGUCUAUUUCUUCUUUACUUUUCCAGGCAGAUUUGCUUAAUAUUGGUUGCUUCUCUCCUCCUGUCACUGAAAACAGUAGAAGGGAUAUCGUCCCUUGUGAGGUGGGUAAGGUUAGGGUAGAUGGGGAGGACGAAAGUGAUGUUGGAGACGUCAUGGAAGUAUCACCUAUUCAGGUCUCUUUCCCUGCGCAAAGCAAACAAAAAUUUAUCAUGGGCGAUCCACAGUCACCGAGAGAGGAUUGUAUUACGCCAGUAAGAAGGCCCUUACCAGAUCAAAAGUUGCUAGAUCGUUUAAGUGAUCCUAACUACAAGAUAGCACCUCGAAGUUUGCUUAGACGAAGCGCUCGACUUCAAGCUAAAUAUGAGGUUGGUGGGUAGUUCUGUUGUGCUAUUGUGAUCUACAAAGGGGUUGGCUAGCUCUUUGGAAUCUUGCUGGUGUUGUCUAUCUUCGGCGGGCAGCGGGCUUCUUUUUGGGUUGUUUUGGUUUCCUCAUUAAUUUUAUGUUUUCAUUAGCAAUUUCUUUCAAUAACUACAUUCAUUAGCGGAUGUACUUUUUAUUACUAAUUUUUUUUAAUAAAAAUUCACUUAUAAAAAAAAAAAAAAAUCACUUCUUUUUGCAAAAUGUCAUAGUCACUAUUAAAGUCACUACCCUUAAGAUGUAGUCACUAAUAUGAUUUUAGCUAUGUACUCAC